AUUUUACUUGUUUAUUUUAUUUUUUCUAUAAAUAUUCGACUUGAGAAUGGAGCCACAACAUAAAAAGAUUAAACUAGACAAUAACGAUUCCAAGAAUCCUACAAUAGAUCCUACUUUAACAACCAAUGUAUCAGCAAAAGAAGAAGAAAUAGAACCUCAAUGGAUUCGUUUAGAAGAUCUUGAUGAAGAUGACAUUGAUGAUGAAUUCGGUGAUAUGGUGAUUGUGCAAAAGCUUUUAGUGAAUAAUGAGCAAGCUUUAGAACGUAUUACAGAGGAUAUUGAAUUAAAAAAUUUACCUUGGAGCGAAACAUUAUCAUUAACAUCUAAAGAACCGCUCCAAGUAGCUGAUGUCUUUGACGAUCUUUUACGUGAACAAGCGUUUGAAAGACAAGCAUUAGAAGCAGUUUAUUUGGCUCGUGAAUUAGCAGUUAAAGAAGAAAAAGAGACGGGAAGAAAGAUAACCUUCUUCAAGCCGAAGGACUUUAUUGCACCCAUGUUGAAAGACGAUCAACAGAUGGAGGCUGUGCGACAAAAAUUAGUGGCAGAAGCUGAGGAUGGAAAUGAAGAAGCCUUACGUAGAUUGAACUUAUUUGAUAAAGAGCGUAAAAAGGCAAAAGCAAAUGAACGAGCCAAAAUAUUAAAAAGAAAGAAAAAGGAAGGUUCAGAAGUUACUCUUGAGGAUGAAUUUAAUUUAGAUUUAGAGGAAGCAGAAAGACUUGCUGCUGCUACAAAUGCUAAUACUCAGGAUAGAUUACCAAAGAAUUAUACCAGAGAUACAAAGGAUGCUAAAUAUUCUCUGGGUAAGAAAAAUAAAAAUUUACAAAACCCCUUGAAUCCUGCAAAGAAGGGCAUGUCUUUUGGUAAAAAGAGCAGCAUUAAACGACCAGGAAAGUCAAAGCGUCAAAAGAUGAGGGAUAGAUCUUAAUAAAAGAUAAUUCAUUGUAUUAUUAUUAUUAACUUAUAUACAUAAAAAAUAAAAUGGCAUGAAUUGCUAUCAUCAUGUAAUAAAAUUUUACCAAAAAUUGAUAAAAAGCAAUUCUUAUUAUUACGUGACUUUCAAAACGAAA